GCUGCUGAAGACGCUCGCGCCUCGCGUAGUAAUCGCGUCGUUACUAUGGCAGCAGAGUUGGUAAACUCCCCGGUUGCCAUCGGUUAUCGAUCCGCGGAAGAAUCGCCGGCGCGUGACUGAUCUGAGCGAGUCCUUCGGCGUGACGCGACGCGGUGCGCGCGUUACCGGGAGAGCGCGAGAGGACCCGAGGCUCCAGCUGCUCCGGGAUCGAUCGGGACGCGUUAUGGGGACGCUCGGGAGCGCCGCAGCCGUCCUGGAUGAGGAAGAGGAAGAGGAAGAGGAGAAGAAGCGCGGAGCUGAGCGUCUCCCUCCUCUGCUCGAGGACGAGGAGAACGUGUCUCUGGCUGAUAUUCUGUGUCUGCGGGAAGGUGGGCUGUCGGAGCAGGAGUUGUGGGCGGUGUGUGUGGAGUGUGUUUGUUCUCUCCAGAGCAUCGGCCUCUCGCCGCUCUUUCACACCCUCUGUGUUACGCCCGACACGCUGGCCUUCAACGCUCACGGUAAUGUGUGCUUCAUGGAGCAGCUCAACGAUGAUCCUGACGGCUGUUUUGUUCCUCCAGAGUUUGAUAAGACUGGAAGCACAUUUGAGGGUCACAUGUUCUCGUUAGGCUCCACCCUGUGGGCGGCGCUGGACUCUGUGUCGGAGGCGGAGCUUCAGGUGGAGUUGAGUGAAGAGAGCAGGUGUUUGCUGAAGCAGAUGCAGCGAGAGAAACCUGAGGAUCGACCACCAAUCCAGGAUCUUGUCUCUCAGGCCGAGGCUGUCCUCGGUGACGUCUCGUCUGCAGUCAUCUGCCGAAAACUGUCUUCCAUCGGCCGAAGAGUCCUGUCCAUCGAGUCCAUCGCUGCUCUGCAAGAUGGAUGGGAGAAAUCCAGUUUCCAGUUUCUGGAUCUCCGAGCCUCGAGAUCGAACUCCAUGGAGCAUCCCGCCGGAGACCGGACCAUGAAGAGAAACUACUCGUCUGAUUCAUACGACGGUGAGGAGCUGCUGCUGAGACGCAGAGGUCUGGUCUGGUCCGGAGGUUCGGCCGAGCUCUCUCCAGACAGCAGGUCUCAGAACAGUUCUCCGGUGCACAGGAGGAGUCAGGAGAGGAGGCCGGGGAGAGCCAGGAGAGCCCUGAACCGCUCCUGCUCCGUCCCGGACUCCAACAACCCCCCGGCGCUCUCUCCUCCGUCCCACACGCCCAUCAGCAUGAUGAUGGCUGACCUGUCCGAGAUCACGGAGGAGGAGGGCUGGAGCGGGAGCCUGCGGAGGACCAAACCCAGGGAUUCAGACUCGGAGGGAGCGUGUGAGACGGAUCAGACUGAAGCUGCAGGAGCUCGAAGCCCCCCGUCAUCUGAACACGGAGACACAGAAGUGCACAGCUCCAACAUCGUCAACAAAUCUGUGUUGUGCCUGAAAGAGGAAUCUCAGAAUCAGUGGAUCUCUUUGCGAGAUCUUCUCUCGCUCUCUUCUCAGCCGUUCUCAGUCAGUGAGCUCUGGGCUUUAUGCUUCACGUGUCUCUCGACGCUACAGACCUACAUCGACCUCCCAGACUACCUGUGUCUGGACUCUGUGUAUGUGGGCUGUGAAGGAGAGAUGCUGUUUCUGAGACCUAAAAACUCAGCCUCCUGUGAUGCAUUUUUUCUGGCUCCUGAGUUUCAAGAACAUGGAAUUGUGACAGAAAAGGCGUGUGUGUAUGGGGUCGCAGCUGUUCUCUGGGCUACGGCCAAGUUUCAUUUGUCUCCCGAUCAAAAGCUGGCCAUGCCGAGAAAACUCAAGAGGCUUCUGCUUGAGAUGGCCAAAAGAACUCCAAUCGAAAGACCUUCUAUUGAAAUGGCGAAAAAGUCGUGCCGUGAUUUCCUCUCCCGCCAGGGAACGAAUGCAGAGAGCGUGUGGACACAGAUCAUCAUCCGUGUUCAUCAGGCAUUCGAUGGGAAUAGAGAUACAGAGGAAUGGUCUUCUCCUGAGUGUGCUGAAAACCCAUCUGACCCACACUUGGGAGAAGUUAAGACAGGUUUUGUCCCGUUGUCCAGCGAGGGCAGAUUGGAGCCUGUAGCUGGUCCAGUUCCCCAUCAUUACCCAGAAUCCUCCACCAGCGUCAGACUGCCCGAGGCAUUCACUUCUCCUGCCACACACUUCAGCCCCAUAAUCCUGACUCAUCACCCGCAGUCUGAGCUUGGACGCUCUGAUGAGGACAUCACGGAUGAAAGGAUCCUGCGAGCACCAGAUGAACAGGAAGAGAGCGCCGCUGAGGAUGAUGGGACGGGGGGAGUUUUCUCUGCCAGUUAUUCAUCCUCAUCCAGUUGUAAGACUCUUGUGAACUCUUCGCCUCCAGCAACUCUUCAAAUAACCAAUCCAGAAACAGACGACCAGCCAAACUUCCCCGUCUUGUCUUGUGCUAAUGGGAUUUGUAACAACUUCCUGCUACAGCAAGACCCUCAAACAGGACGUCUAACCUUACUUCCUGUUCAGAUCACCGUGCUUCAGCCAAUCACAGGCUCAGAACCAGUAAAGCUUUCAGAGGACAGUGUGAGGCCUGAAAGCGUCUGUGUGACCCCCAGAGACUCGUCAGUGUCUCCUGAGAGUCCGGUGGCUGAUAUCAGAGUCCAGCCGAACGCUGCGCCUCGCUGUAUGAACCCCAGCUCCUGCUCACCUCAGAGAUGCUCGUCUCUGGAGCACGUCAUGGAGCUGCUCACUGAAGAGUUUGCUUUGGAUGGAGUUAAAGAUCUGGCUAUGGGAAAAUACAUCAUCUCUUUAAAAAGCCUCCAGUUUGAGACGUUUUGUCGAGCGAUAACAGAGAAGUUCAGUGAUGUGCACUGGGAUCAGAAGCAGCUGUGUGACCUUCACCGUCUGAUCAAACAGCACUCGAGCGGAUCUUUACACGCUUUAUCAUCUGACAGUGUCUCUGAUGAACAGUCCUCCUCAGAGGCAGUGAAAAGGGCAGCAGCGUCGCUCCAGAUCACCAGACAGAGCUUGACCGGCGAGGAAAACGCUCAUCCUGACCACAAUGCAAACCUCUGGCCCUCAGAUCGACCCGCGACCGAGGAAAACCAGCUGAACCAGAUCAUGAAGGAACCGGAGUGCAAACCAAAUGAGCUUAAAUACAGAGAAACCGCAGAUGGACGAAACCUAGAGCAGACGGGAUCUGAGACCAGGACCGCAUGCUGGAGACGAGACACACAGGAAAUGACAUCAGAGGAUGACAACAAAGAGCUGUCUGAGCUGAUGCAGUGUGGUGCUCCUCCUGAUGGUGGCGCUGGUGAGUGUGUGUGUGACGCUGAAGCGCUGGAGGACAGCGGCGGUGCUCGGAUCACUCCCGACAGCUCGGAGCUGGACAUGGACGACUGUGACUCUCUGAUCUCCGAGCGGAUGCUCUCGGUCUGCAGCGGCCCUCAGCGGGCCCCGUGCGGCUCCUGGGCUCUGGCUCUGUACGGGGACCAGUGCUUCAGUCCAGACGUGCUGGAGUACACACAGAAGCUCAGCAGUCACAGCCAAGCUCCCACGCUGGAGGACAAGUCUCAGGACCCACAUUUCAUGCAGCCAGAAUUUCUCCAGGAGCUGCACCAGCAGCUGAUUAUUGAGAGCAGAAAUCUGAAAAAGAGCAGAACUUUCUACCACAAGCUGAUACAGCAAGAGAGGAAAAAUAAAGGUUCAGACAUGAAGGUGAUGGUAUCUAAAGUCAAGCAGCAGUUUGACGAGCUCAGAGCCAAAGUUGAGUUUCUGCAGUCUGUUAAGAAAUAUCUCCAGGUGUUGUCUGUGGAUCAGUGGGGUUUAGAGCUCUCUCUGCUGCCCUCUCUGGUUGUGUGUGGGGAUGCACCUCUGGAGCUGCAGCACUCAGAUGAUCCUGCGCUUCUGCACUUUCUGUGUGAGCAGCGUCGGGGAAAAGGCUGCCCUCUAGUGGCCGCAACCGCCAGAGGCCUCAUGGCCUACCUGUACGCCAGGAACGCUCAUGCCGACGGAUUUGUUCAACAGUUUUUCUACACGUAUCGCUACUUCUGCACCCCGGAGGAGCUUCUGAGGUUUCUAAUGGACAAAUUAAACAGUUCACUGGGAGCAAAUGAAGAUCCCUCAUCAGACACAGCCAAAGUCUAUCAGCGCACUCUGGAUCUGUUACACUUCUGGAUUGAAGACGCACAGUUAGUGGACUUCAGCUCCAGCUCCAGCCUCCUGCAGACGCUGGACGCUUUCCUGACCGCUGAGGUCGCACCGGUUGAAAGUCGAGGAGCAGGUUUGCUGGCGACGCUCCAGGCCUCACCCAUGAAGAGGCGCAUCUGUGUCCCGUCGUGUGCGCUCGACGCCUCCAUCAGCAGCCCAGAAGAUGAGGAGAAGCUCUCAGUGAACUCAUCCAUCGAAGACGCUGCUCGAAAGAGCUUCCAGUGGCGUGUGUCUCGUGUGGUGGAGCCUCAGACGGUCCAGUGUAAAGAGAAAGUGUUCUCCAUCGCCGCGGCUCUUCCACGGCCGUGUUACACCUCUCUGAUGAACAACAGCAGUCUGAGAUCAGACGAGAGACGUCCCUUCAGUCAGAGCGAACACACACCGCUGCACAUCGCACAGCAGCUCACUUUACUGGAGCAGGAAAUAUUUCAUGACUGUCACCCGGUUCACUUUCUGAACUCAAGAGCUCACGGAGUGACGGAAAACUCUGGAAACAUUUCCAGGUGUGUGUCUCCAUCCUCCUCGCCUCUAGAGGGCAGCGGUCUGUUGGUCAGUGAGGUGUCGGGGCCCUGGGGCCCUCUGCAGAGGCUCCUCACACACGCACACUGUGUCUCUAACUGGGUUUCUGCUGAACUGGUCACCUGCGACUCGGUCAAGGCACAGGCGGCUUUACUCGCUCGCUUUCUGUCCAUCGGCAAGUUCUGCUACGAGACGAGAAACUUCUCCACAGCUCUGCAGAUCCUGUCGGGGCUGGAGAAUGUGAUUGUGAGGCAGUUACCGGCGUGGAAGCAGCUCUCGCUCAAGAUGUGUGAGACUCUCGAGGAGCUCAGGGCCGUGCAGGUCUUUCUGAAGAGUGAUAAUCUGUGUCUGAUGGAGGGAGAGAAGGACAGACGGCGUCCCACUCUCCCAGACGCCCUGAUCCUGGCCAUCCACAUCCAGCAGCUGGAGAUCGGAGCGUUCACCGUGACCAGCGGCGCAUACAAGUGGCCCAAACUGAGGAACAUUGCGCGUGUGGUCAGUCAGAUCCAGGCGUUUCAGGAGCGUCUCUAUUCCUAUCCUCCGGACCUGGAGCUGCAGGCGUACCUGCGUGGACGACUCGCACGCUUCGGCAGGAGUGACAUCUCGCUCCUCGCCUCCGACAACCACAUCAACUUCAGCCAGAUGCCCGCCGCUCGCCGGAUCCACGACACGCUGCGCCGCGUCAAAGCCUCUUUCCAGUGACCCGAACAGAUGUGGAUCACCGCUGGAAGACAGACAUCUCCAUUAGAGCUGAGGACAGAUGAAGAUGUGUGAAGAAUACUGUGUGAAAAAAGCACAGGUGAAUUUCCUGUUUUUAAGAUGUGGAGGUGUUUUUCAUCUUUAACUUCUGUUUCAGCCUCAUGGAUGGUUUCCUUCAAUGAAGCAAAGACUUUUAGCUUUGUGUUUAUGUUUUUUCGGACGGCUACACGACCAAAUAUUACAGUAUGGAUGUUUAUAGACUUGUAAUUAGAUAAUGAUUGAGAAAUUAUUAAUGCAUUUUAGAUAAGAUUCAACCGUGAGAAGCUUGAAAUAAUGCAUUGUUAUAACUGAAAUUAUUCUACUUUUAAAAAUAGAGUAAACAUGAUAUAUUUCUAUACAAAUAGACGUACUUCUGCAUAACUUUUAACAUAAUUAAUGCAUUGCAUUUUGCUGUUUUGUAGUGCACUUUACAUUGGGACACAUAUAUUUCACUGCAUGUUUUAAAGCUCAGGAACGCGUCUUUUGCAAUUGCGUUAUCAGUAAGAUUUCCCUUCUUCUUGAAGUUCAGUUGUUUCAAACUUGUAUGAGUUUCUUUCUUGUGUUGAAAGCAGAAGAUAUUUGGAUGAAUCCUGGGAACCGAACAGUUUUUGGUCCCCAGAAAGCAAAAAAAAGUUUAGUUUUUCAGGUUUCAGUCUUUAUAAUAAUGCUUUAGAUUUGAAGAAAACCAGUUAAUCUACAUGCUUUACGUCUGCAGGAUUGCAAACUUGUUUAGGUGUUAAUAGCCCAUUAAUCAGGAUUAGACCUAAUAAAUUGCAUCGUAUUGACUGAAAA